CUCCACUCUUCGGUGACCCCACUCAUUUCCAAGCGCUCUAUCAUACAACACCAUAAUAUCAUCGACUCUAUGGGUGUCGUCGAGAGUAAACAACUGGCUCAAAAUGUACUGGUUGCCUGUCAGCGUGCGGAAAUUGAGGGUAAGACUCGGCUGGAUAGUUCCUCCUGGGACUGGAAAGACAAGACUAUCAUUAAAGCCGUAAAAAGCGUCUGCCGACAUAUCCCCAAAGACAUACGUGGGCCCUCCCGCGAGUCUGCCGUCAAGAGAACUGUUGCACGUCCUCUCAGCCGAGUUAAUAUCUCGCAAGUCGUGCAAGACUUAGUAGAUAAGCGCGAAACUUUGUUCCCGGAGAUACAGCCGGUACAAGACGCAGGACAUACCCACGGGCCCCAGGAUAGCCUUGGGACGCUACGUCCAUCCACAAGCAAUCCUGGUAACUCUCUUGCCAGGUGGUAUGAAUUGACAGUUGACCAUGAGAGGCAGCAUGAUCUAUACAAGAUCCGCCUCAGGUUCCUUUAUGUCAUGUUUUACCGACUGAAGCAAUGGGUAGAGCCAGGAAGCCAAUACCAGUAUUUUAGCGCUGCCGAAUUUAUAGCACAAGUUAUACUGAACAGCGGCUCGAGUAGUGACUCACUUGAUGUGGUUCGCAACAGGGUUCGGGAGUGGGUCGGCCACGGAGAGAGAUACGAGUUACUAGCGAAAGAUCUCGGCGGUUUGGGAGUAUUGUACAUCCUCCCUGAUUAUGGCAGUAAAUCUUUAUGGACGAAAGAUGUCCCAAAGUCAGCACACAAACCGAACCGGAUCUUAAUGCUAGAGCGUUUGAAGCGAGAAGGUAUCGACGUUGAAGCACUGCAUAGAGGUUUGCAUGCCUCCGCAAAUGCGGAAAUCGACAGCAUUUUUACACCCCUCCAAGGCUUAUUACAAAUAGUCCUAGAGCAUGGACUCUCACAGGCACAACAUUCAAGUACGCCUCGAAUGCAGCGAAGUGAAUACGCAAAUGGUCAUAAUGCAGCACAGCAUUCGUCACAUACAUUGGAAAGGAGUGGAGUCUACGAGAACCAGCCAUUCCCGUCUGAAACAAAUUCUCAGCCAAAUGCGAACCAAACCUCAAGGUAUUAUCAAGCUACAAUGCCCACAAGUCAUCAAGGAGUAGAGACUCAGGGAAUUGCGCAAAACACAGCGCCUUAUGGUGCCCGUCUAUCGCCAAAUGGGGAUCCCAUUUUAACAGGGAUGCGUUGUUCUAUGCAGCAGGCGUCUAUUAACAGACAACGGGAACACGAUAUGGAUCCAAUAAUCUCGAAUACGUCUCAAUACAAUUGCAAUAUGACAGGGGCUGACCCUCCGACCUUUAUAACCAUGACGCCAACAAACUACCCUCAAGUCUUCCCGUUGCCCAUGGCAGCUACAAUGACGCCAACUAAUCACCCGCAGGUCUUCCCUCAUCAGCCAGCAUCAACAAUACUUCCUAUGAACUACCCGCAGGUCUUCCCAUUCCAGAACUUGACCAACCCGCCCUCAUGUUCGUCGCAAACAGAACAGCAGGUAUUGCAACCCGGGGAAGGUGUACAUCACCCACAGCCUAGCCAGUAUUUUGACGUUUCAAGCGCUUGAAUUGAUUUUAUUAACAAUGAUCAUGCGGGAGGGAGUGCGAGAAUCAGGUAUAGUGCUGGCGUAAUCAGAGGCUCCUUAUCAAAGCGCACCGGAGAUCGCGGAAGCAGAAGCGGCUGUGAUACUUCGGAUAACAGGCGGGGUUGGCUGGAAAUUAUAGUUAUAGGAAUGAUGUAUCCAUUCGUUGCCUGUAUCCUCGUUCUUCCCAGAACCUUCCAAGCCUGAAAUCCGUAGCCACGAAGAUAGUCUGGAAGAUCAUUUGCAGCCUUUAUCAACAUGGGUUCUAGGUUUGUGUCAUUGCAAAAAUACAGAUUUUCGCCGUCUUCUGUCCAGCUUGCUCGUUCGAGAAAAGAUGCCAGGGCAUCCAUUUGCGCGUUAUCUAGCUCGUCGAGAACGUCCAGUAUCCAGUCAGUAUCAGCUGGUUGUUGACAGCAGGGCCAUCUACUCUCUUUUUGUAGCUUACCUCAGUUAUCCUGAUCGGGGGUUCCUGGGUAAAAGACUGUUCGCGUGAAAACUACUGGAG